AUGUCAACAGAUUUGGUUUGUGCAAUAGAAGUUGCAGAUCAAGAAGAAAUAUCAUGUUCUUCGUCUGAACUUAGGCUUAGAUACAAGAUGGAUCUGGUUUGUGCAACAGUAGUUGGUAUUAGUUUUGGUAAAAGGGAAUUGAUGGAUUCAACAAAUGUUGGAGUUGGUUUAUGUUUUUUUGUAGCUUUUUUAGUUUUGAUUAUUUUCCUGUCUGAACUUAGAGGUAAAAGAGAGUUAACUGCAGCUUUUUUGGGAGGUGAAAAAGAGUUGACUACAGCUUUUUUGGAAAGUGAAGGAGAGUUGAUUGCAGCUUUUUUGGGAGGUAAAAGAGAGUUGACGGCAGCUUUUUUGGGUGGUAAAAAAGAGUUGACGGCAGCUUUUUUGGGAGAUGAAAAAAAGUUGACAGCAGGCUUUUUGGUUUUGGCCAUUUUUCUCUAA